UUAAAUUGAUUCAGUUCCCAAACAAAGCCAAGUCCUCGCCACUGCUAGGGGUUGCUAUUGCCUAUUGCUGUGGGAGAAAGAAAAAAGAUGCUUCGCCCAACGAAAAGGAUGAUGAAGUAACCAGUGAUUGUAAUCGACAUGGCUAUCUUCGCAAAACGCUUCUUCAAUUUACGCUCUGCUUAUUACUCCUCUCUGUUCAAUCCACUCGCACGCGCACAACCACAACCACAACCACAACCACAACCGUGUCUUUCUCUGACCGACACGCGCUCAUUUUCCAACCAACCUCAACCUCAACCUCGCACCAGAACCCCACUGCAGAAGCAAUUCGAGACAUGGGUCGAGAAGCUGAAGCCCGGGUUCACCCCUUCCGAUGUGGACCAGGCCUUGAAGGCCCAAUCAGACCCAGAUCUGUCACUUGACAUUUUCCGUUGGACCGCACAACAGCGUGCCUACAAGCACACUCACGUGACCUACCUCACCAUCAUCAAACAACUCAUCGCCGGUCGCCGUUACCGACAAGCCGAGACCCUCGUCGAGGAGGUAAUUGCCGGCGCCUGCGACGUUAACGUACCUUUGUAUAACUCCAUUAUUCGAUUCUGUUGCGGUCGCAAAUUCCUCUUCAAUCGUGCAUUUGAUGUUUAUAAUAAGAUGCUUAGAUCCGAGGAUUGUAAACCCACGCUCGAGACUUAUUCACUUUUGUUCAAUUCACUCCUUAGAAGGUUCAACAAGUUGAAUGUGUGUUAUGUCUAUUUACAUGCUGUGCGUUCAAUGACCAAGCAAAUGAAGGCUUCCGGUGUUAUACCUGACACUUUUGUGUUGAACAUGAUUGUAAAGGCUUAUUCCAAGUGUUUGGAAGUGGAUGAGGCAAUUCGAGUUUUUCGCCAAAUGGGGUUGUAUGGGUGUGAGCCUAAUGCUUUUACUUAUGGUUAUAUUGCUAGGGGUUUGUGUGAGAAAGGGAGGGUGAAUCAAGGGUUAGAGUUUUAUAAGGAAAUGAGAGGUAAAUGUCUUGUUCCAACUACCAGCACUUUUGUGAUAAUUGUUUGUAGUCUUGCUAUGGAACGGAGGUUUGAGGAUUCAAUUGAGGUUUUGUUUGAUAUGUUGGGUAAUUCUAGGUCCCCUGAUCAUCUGACUUACCAGACUGUUUUAGAAGGAUUGUGUCGGGAAGGAAGAGCUGAUGAAGCAUUUGAACUACUUGAUGAAUGCAAGAAGAGGGAUUUUUCUAUGAACGAAAAGUUGUACAAGACCUUGUUGAAUGGAUUGCACUUUGUAUGCCGGGAUUAACUAGAUUCUUCUUGCACUUAUAUGCCUUUGUUUCAAGAUGCAUUGCACAAGAUGUUUUCCUUUUCUUAAAGUCAAGCUCAGUUGUUCUAGUGCUUGGUAGAGCCUGAUUUUGGAGAGCUCUGAAUCCCAUUAAACAUAUGAAUAUAUGAUGUGUAUUGUAUUGGAGAGCUGAAUUUUUUUAAAGAGUGCUAUAUGCAAUGAUAAACAGAAGUUUUGAACUAUAUUUCCC